GCACAUUGCCCUCCAUCAACAGCUGGCCAAUGAGAAUGCAGGAUGCUGGGCGCGUGUGUGUUCCUCGUGCGUGGGGGUCGAAGUGAAGACGCGUGAGCCAGGCGACUAGCUUAGACUCCGCUCAGCUAGAGAGGAAGACGCUUCCGCUUGAUAAUGGACGCCAUGAAAGGUAAAGGGGAACAAAGGAUGCAAAAUCCAGGAGGGCAGGUUGACAGACCUGUCGGCCCUCACUUCUUGGAAAGGUCAGUGCAAAGGUUUCAUACCAGCAUGCUUCCAAAAGUAGUAAAGAGGAGAGUGCACGCCUUGAAAAGGCUACAGGUGCAGUGUGCCAACAUAGAGGCUAAGUUCUACGAGGAGGUCCAUGAGCUAGAGAGAAAGUAUGCUACCCUCUAUCAGCCACUGUUUGAUAAGAGAAGAGAUUUUGUCACCGGAACAGUGGAACCCACAGAGGAAGAGUGUGAGUGGCACAGUGACAGGGAGGAAGAGGAGGAGCUUGCAGAAGAAGUAAAGGAAAAAGCUGCUAUUGAGGACGCAAAGAAAGAGGAAGCCGUGCCCAGGGAGGAUCCAAAAGGAAUCCCAGAGUUUUGGCUCACCAUAUUCAAGAGUGUGGACAUGCUCAGUGACAUGCUGCAGGAACACGAUGAGCCCAUCCUCAAGCACCUGAAAGAUAUUCAAGUCAAGUUUUCUGAGCCAGGACAACCCAUGAGUUUCACAUUAGAGUUCCAUUUUGAGUCCAAUGGUUACUUCAACAAUGCAGUCCUCACUAAAGUCUACAAAAUGAAGUCGGAACCCGAUGCCUCGGAGCCUUUCUCCUUCGAAGGGCCAGAGAUCAUUGACUGUGAAGGCUGUCAGAUAGACUGGCACAAAGGGAAGGAUGUGACGGUGAAAACUAUAAAGAAGAAGCAGAAGCAUAAAGGCCGUGGCACGGUCCGCACGGUUACCAAACAGGUCCCCAAUGACUCUUUCUUCAACUUCUUUAACCCAGUCAAAGCUUCACCAGAUGGAGAGAUGGAUGAAGACUCUGAGUUCACCCUAGCUCAAGACUUUGAGAUUGGGCAUUUCUUCCGUGAGAGGAUAAUUCCCAGAGCGGUGCUGUAUUUCACAGGAGAGGCUCUGGAAGAUGACGAGAGUUUUGAUGAGGAGGAGCUGGAGGAGGGAGAUGAAGAGGAGCAAGAUGACGAGGAUGACGAUGACGACGAAGAGUUGGAGCCCAAGAAAGAACAGCCCCAGCCAGCCGAAUGCAAGCAGCAGUAACCGCGGUGAUCAUGGGAGCCGGUGACCUGCGCUGUGUUAAAUCAGUUCUUAGCCAAUCAGCAAGUCGUCCUGCCCUUGCAGCCCUCCCCCUUUUUAAUGAACUCAUCUGAACGCAAUAGAACACAAACCCAACUGUUUUUAAAAUGUGCAUGACUUUUUUCUUUUGUCUUGUGCCCAUCUCGCGCCCUGUUUAAUUAAAUGAUCAUGUCAUCAUGGUCUUCUUUGGUAAGGUGGUCAAGAACCUCAGAACAUAGGAAACAAAUGGGUCCCAAGUUUUCAUGGAAACAAAUUGGUUACUCAGGGUUUUUUGAUGCCAACAAGAGAAGUUUGAGUUUACCAGGAAACUGUUGAACAAGUCUGACUUAAUAUUUCACUGGGGUAAUGUUUCUUUUGUUAUGGUGUUUUUUAAGAGACAUUAAAUGUAUCAUUUUGAAUUUCAUUUCCUUCCUUUUUUUAAAAAUUGUUCAUGUCAUUGAACUAUUUAUUCUGGUUAGCAGUGUGUUUGAGGGGGUGGGGCUCUAAGGCCUGGCUGCAGUAAAAGGAUCAUUCUCAUUGGCGCACAUCUUAUAUUGGCAUAGCGGGUCAAUAAAACUUGAAUAUCGCCGAGUCAUUUCAUUUUUUUGAAUUGAAGAAUUAUUAUGCAGUAAUACUGAUAAUUUAAAUUAAUUUCUGCCCAGGUUUAUUGGGUUUACAUUUAGACUGAACAACAUUGAAUAACACCAUGUGACGAGCAUGUGUUUAUACCGCCAAAUGUAUUCUCUCCCCUGUUUGAGCCGUCACCCCCUGGAAUGCUCCUUUGACUGUCUUUGAGAAUAAUUUGAUUGCUUUAAGGAAACCAGACAUUUGAAAAACAUUACAUUUGUUCUCCUGAAUAUUACCUAAAAUAUGACCCAUAGUUGUUAAUAAAUGUAAUUUAGUCAGUGAGGGACGGGGUGCGCAAUUUUGGGGAUCAAAAGAAAAUUCUGUUGCCAAAAUGAAAGAAAAAAAACGCAGCGUUUUUCCUUCAAUGGUUUGCCAGUUAUUAACAAAGCGUAAUCUAAUUCAGCAUUUACAUUUAAAGAAUAUAUAAAUAUUUCUGUUAUUGUCCAAUGAGUCAGUAGAAUGUUUGUGGAAAACAGAUGGAAGAGGUUUGGCAAUGUAUUUUAUAUACUGCUCAUGGCUUUUGAUGAGUUGGGAACGCAGUCCCAGCGGAAACAACCAACCCCAUCUCUCUUUUUAAAAAGAAUGUAGAUCUUGUCGGACAGAUCUUUCAGAGCCACGGUUGACAUCUUCAAAUCUACCACAUUUGAAAUGUGUGCUAGCAAGGGCCUUAACUGGUUCUUAUUCACAAUUUGUUACUUGCGCAAUAUUUCUUUUCAAUUUGUACAGAGUUAGUUAAAAUAUUCUAUUAAAGUUGUGCAACAUGGAAA